AUGCCUCAACCACACUACGAUCUGCUUGUUAAGCUUCUUUUAAUUGGCGACUCAGGCGUAGGAAAGUCCUGUCUUCUUCUCCGAUUCUGUGACGACGCUUGGACGCCGUCGUUCAUUACCACUAUUGGCAUCGACUUCAAGAUUCGCACGAUCGAGGUCGACGGAAAGCGCAUCAAGCUUCAAAUUUGGGAUACUGCCGGUCAGGAGCGUUUCCGUACGAUCACCACUGCAUACUACCGUGGAUCUAUGGGCAUUCUCCUUGUUUUCGAUGUGACGGAUGAGAAGAGCUUCCAAAACAUCCGCAACUGGUACCAGGACGUCCAGCAGCAUGCCAGCGAAGGUGCCUGCAAGAUCCUUGUAGGCAACAAGUGCGACUGGGAAGAAAAGCGUGUUGUUACUACAGAACAAGGUCAGGAGCUUGCGAACGAGCUGGGCAUGCAAUACAUUGAGACGUCGGCUAAGGCCAACACGAAUGUCGAUGAGGCCUUUUUCAAGCUGGCGCAGCAGGUGAAGGACCACCUAAUUGAUCAGGGCAUCACUACCAAUGCGCAGUCCACUAGCGGCACCACUACAAUUGGCGGUGCCGGUGCUGGCCUGGACGCCACGGGUAAGAAAGGCGGCUGCUGCUAA